UCGUCACCUCUGUGUGACCUCUGGAAAAUUCGGUCAUCCAAAAUACUGGAUGUACUCUAGGUGUCUUGAUGGCAUUGAUCGCUAUAUAUAUAAAACAUUGUGAAAGAACUGGGUUCAAAAAAACAAGCAAACACCGCUCACGAACAAUAUUUUCCGGUAUGGGCAGUGAAAUAAAAGGUAAGCAGAGCCUUCCAGGCGCCGACAUUUAUAGUGUAAACGCUAAUCAUGCUCGCAAAUCGAGUUUCAGGUGGACAGAGCUUAUCAAAUUCCCAACGCGACCGGCGAUCUUCAGAUAUACCAACAAAGCUGAUGGGUUCCUUAUCGUUUUCGGAGCGAUCGGAUCUGUAAGUCACGGUGCUAUCAUACCAAUAUGGACUAUUCUGUUCGGAGAAAUGAUCGAUUUGUUUAUAGAUAAUCCAGAUCAACGAUCGAAUGUACAGUCGGAAGUUGCAAAAUACAUUGUCGUCAUCGUCGCACUCGGAGUACUGGCUAUGUUCACAGCAUAUGUUCAGUACGCCACGUUCCACAUCACUAGUGAAAGGCAAGGUCGAGUCAUUCGUACAAACUUCCUGCGAUCUAUACUUCAUAAAGAGCAAGCUUUCUAUGAAACAAAUUUAGUGGGAUCAUUGACAUUGACGUUGAACAUGGUCGACCAGAUUCAGGAUGCGCUUGGUCCCAAGAGUUCAGAGAUUUUGAGAUAUACCUCGCAAGCGAUCACUGCGUUCGCUAUUGCUCUGGCUACUAAUUGGAAGAUGGCACUGGUGACAAUGAGCACGUUACCGUUUUUGAUUCUUUCGCUCACAUUUGCCAAAAAGGCAGCGGUUGAAAGGGCGAAAGUGACAAGUCAAACCUACAGGAACGCUGCGAUAUUCGCCGAUGAGAUAAUAUCUGGUGUCCGUGUAGUACAGACCAUGCCCGAAUCACUGCCUAUGCUAGAAGGGCGAUACAAUUCAGGCGUCAACCAGGUGCUAUCUACAGGCAUCCGCUAUGCUUGGAUCGUGGGAACCGCCAGUGGUGUGAUGUUCGCUCUAAUACCCCUUGCAUUCGCACUUGGCUUGUGGUAUGGAUCACGGCUAGUAUACAACGGGGAGAUCACAGGCGGUGCUGUAGUGACAGUGUUCGCCGCUGUUAUGUUGGGAAAAACCGCCCUAAGCUUUGUUCAUCCAGGCCUUUUGAUAUGGAACGAUGGAUGUGUCGCUGCCCGCACUUUAUUUGCCAUGAUUGACAGCGAGGUAUUUAUUGAUGCAAGCAGCGAAGAGGGUCUUCGUCCGCAAACAUGUACUGGCGAAAUCGAGUUUGAAAAGGUCGACUUCUCGUAUCCCACACGACCAGAAAUAGAUGCGCUCCAAAAUGUUUCGUUCACUGCUAAACAUUCUCACAUCGUAGCGCUCGUCGGUUCCUCAGGGAGCGGGAAAUCCAGCUGUGUAAGCCUUAUCCAGCGCCUGUAUGACGUAAAACGGGGCAGAAUACUACUUGACGGGAUCGAUAUCAAAGAUUUAAACGUUGCCUGGCUGCGUGAUCAGAUUGGCAUUGUGAGUCAAGAGCCAAUACUAUUCAAUAUCAGCGUGGCGGACAACAUUUCAUUCGGACGGCCGGUGAAGGACAUGGAUACUAUAAUCGCCGCCGCAAAAGAGUCGAAUGCUCACGAGUUCAUCACCAAUCUACCAGAAGGAUACAACACCAUCGUAGGUGAACGGGGAGGAAUGUUAUCGGGAGGGCAAAAGCAACGAAUCGCCUUGGCGCGCGCUUUGAUUGGAGAUCCGCGCAUCCUCCUUCUCGAUGAGGCAACUAGCGCACUGGACAACAAAUCCGAACGUGUAGUGCAGGACGCUUUGGACAAAGCCUGCUCAAGUCGGACAACCAUUGUCGUGGCACAUCGACUAACCACCAUACAAAACGCUACUACUAUCAUAGCGAUGGAUCGAGGGACCAUCAUUGAACGGGGUACUCACGAUGAGCUGAUUUUAGAGUCAAAAUCUGGAUCGGGGUUAUAUUUCAAGCUUUGGCAUACUCAAGCCGCGAAAAUACCUGUAAAUACAUCUGUGGAGACAGCGGAGGUAGCAGAACUGAGUUCUGAUACGCUAACCAUUGAAAGCAAGGAGAUUGUGAUUCCUACAGACGAUAAACGGGAAAACGAGACUUUAGUAGAAAUGAAUACGGAAAAAAAAAUAGAGGAGAAAAAUAGCAUGUUGCAACUGAGUUCACCUGCCAUCAAGAAGCACAAGACAAUGUUCCGGGUUGCGAUGUUCUCCAAGCCUGAAUUGAACGAACUAAUCCUGGGAUCAUUCUCUUCGGCAGUUUACGGUGCGGUGUACCCGGUCAUUGGCUAUGUCUACAGCUUGCUGAUCAGCAGUCUCACUGGCCCCGGAGAUGAACAAGUAUUAACCGACGGCGACUUCUACUCCUUGAUGUUUAUUGUCAUUGCUGCCGUACACGGAUCAUCGGCGUUUAUCAAAGAUGUUUGUUUUCACCGGGCAGGUGAAAAACUAACUCAUCGAUUGCGAACGACAGUAUUCGCCUCCAUAAUCCGAAAGGAUCCCAUGUUCUUUGACCGAGAAGAAAAUUCCUCAGGUGUGUUGACCAGGAAGUUAGCUGUAGAUUGCCAACUCGUACAGUCCUUGUUCACGAAGCAGUUGGGAUCGCUGUGCGCCAUGGUCGGUGUGAUAAUUUCAGGCGCCACUAUAUCGUUCACACAAAGCUGGCGACUAGCUUUGGUGCUAUACUGCACACUUCCAUUCUUUGUGAUGGCCGGUAUUCUGAACUAUAAGGUUGGAAGUCAAGGAGCUCGGGCUGGCAAGGCUGGACGGGCUCGCGCUGACGGGCGAGCCACAGAGUUCAUUUCAAACGCGCGAACUGUUACAAUGCUCGGGGUACAAGAGACGUGUACGACUAUAUACGACCACGACUGGACGGCAUCAAUUCAGGGUAGCACCAAGCGAGCACACUGGAGUGGGCUGGCAGCAGGGUUUGUUGAUUUUCUCUUGUUCAUGUUAUACGCGAUCGGCUUUGCUUACGGAUCAUAUCUAUACUCAAUAUACCAGAUAAGCCUACAAGAGCUUCUGGUGUGUUUUCAAGGCCUCCUCUUCACAGCAAUUCUGAUUCAGCAAGCAGUACCCACCAUCGCGGAUACCUCCAAAGCUAAAAUAGCGUCCAAGUCUAUAACAAGGCUACUGGAUGACACACCAAUCAUUAAUCGUACCAUAGACGAACCCACCGACAAACUGGACACCUCCAAGGUCAUCGGAAACAUAGCGCUCAACUCUGUGCAUUUUGCAUACCCACACAGGCUUGACAGCCCCGUGUUGAAAUACUUGUCAAUACACAUUUCGCAUGGGGAGACGGUCGCUCUUGUUGGCUGUAGUGGCUGCGGUAAGUCUACCACGCUCCAACUGAUAGGACGCAACUACGAUCCCCAUCAGGGUGCAGUAACCUUGGACAAUCGAGAUGUUCGCUCUAUGCCUGUGAGCCAUCUGCGCAAACUCAUUGGCGUAGUUGGUCAAGAGCCGGUCCUAUUCAACCUGACAAUCGCAGAGAACAUCGCAUUCGGUUUGAACAUCACGGAAGAGUGUGUGCAAGCGGCCGCUCAACUCGCAAACGCACACGACUUUAUCACUGAACAGCCGGACGGGUACAACACCGUGGUGGGGGAACGGGGGGGUAAGCUGUCUGGUGGUCAGAAACAACGCAUAGCCAUCGCACGCGCUCUUGUUAGAGACCCCAAGAUUCUUCUACUCGACGAGGCUACUUCGGCAUUAGACACCGAGUCCGAACGGGCCGUACAGUUUGCUUUGAAUGCCGCUAGUAAGGGAAGGACGACGAUUAUUGUCGCACACCGACUGUCGACCAUCAAAAACGCGGACAAGAUAGUGGUUUUAAACGACGGCGGCGUUGCCGAGAUUGGUACUCACACCGAACUUCUUAGACUGGCCAAUGGAGAGUAUACAGAGCUUAUGCGCACCGUGGACGCAUCAAUUUAGUAGUUUGCAAGCACGCACUCACCUGAUAUUUACCUUAAUCACAAUUUAUAUAAAAGUAGACUAGUGGGUAUGGCAACACAUUUCGAGCGUCACCAUCACAGUGCGAGACUAAAUCAAACGUGGUUUCAUGUUUAGGAAUAUCAGAAUGAUUCAUUGAC